AUGAAUCAGCCCUCGGAAAAGCUUUCUGACCGAGAGCGGUCCGCCGGACUACGUGGUAGCGGCGAUCGGCCUGCAGAAUCUUCUAGUAUCGAGAUCGGAACCCCGGGCGAUCAGAUCUUCUCCAUGAGUGAGAUUGACCCGGUUCUUGAUGCGAAGAUGCGUCUUGUCAACGAGACAAUGGAUGAGAUCGGUUGGACCAACAUGCACCUCAAGUUGUUCUUCCUCAACGGUUUCGGAUACGCCGCUGAUUCCCUCAUCCUCGCGCUCCAAGCUGUGACUGCCAGCCAAGCUGCUCUGGAGUUCAGCCCCUCAUUCCCGUAUGCUCUCAAUGUUUCCGUGUAUACAGGAAUGUUGAUUGGAGUGUUAUUCUGGGGACUAGGUGCGGAUGUCAUAGGUCGCCGUUUUGCUUUCAACGUCUCCCUCUUCUCCUCCUCAAUCUUUGCCAUCGUGGCCGGAGCAUCCCCCAAUUGGAUUGCUCUUGCUGUCUUUGUUGGUUUAGCUGCAUUCUUCGCUGGCGGAAAUCUUGUUCUGGACACCACCGUAUUCCUCGAGUUUCUUCCGAGCAAGAAACAAUGGCUGAUCACGCUCAUGGCAUGCUGGUGGGGUCUGGCCUAUGUGAUUGUUGCAGCUUUCUGCUGGCCGAUUUUCUCGAAUCCAAAAUACACUUGCGCAGACGCUGAGACUUGCACCAAAGAAAACAACAUGGGCUGGCGAUAUGUUUGGUAUGGAAACGGAGCUCUCGUCCUUGUCUGCAGCAUUUUACGAGUCACAGUUAUGCGACUCAAGGAGACCCCCAAGUAUCACCUCACCAAAGGUAACGAUGCUGCCGUCGUCGAAACUUUCCAGAGCAUCGCGAAUAAAUAUAACCGACCAUGCAGUUUGACUGUUGAGAAAUUGGAAUCUCUUGGAGUCAUCAAUUCCACUUAUGGUAACGCUAGAUACGGCUUUGGCGAGUUCUGGGCGCAUAUCCGAGGAUUGUUUGUAACCAAACAGCUCGCGAUCUCGACCCUUAUGAUUUGGUUAUCAUGGAUUCUAAUUGGUCUGGCAUACCCACUCUUCUACGUCUUUCUUCCGGAUUAUCUUGCCACACGCGGGGCUCAGACCGGAGAGUCAGGACCGUAUUACCAGUGGAGAAACUACAUGCUCAGCAGCAUUGCUGGAGUUUUCGGGCCCGUAGCUGCUGGUUUCAUGUGCAAUCACAAAGUGCUUGGUCGCAAGUACACAAUGGCAAUCGGUGCCCUCAUCACCAUGGCCUUCUUCUUCGCCUACACCGCAGUACGGACUCCAGCGGAAAACGUUGGUUUGAGCUGCGCGAUUUCUUUCUCGCUGAACAUCUACUAUGGCACUCUAUAUGCGUAUACUCCAGAGUCACUACCAUCGGCACACCGUGCGACAGGAAACGGAAUAGCUGUAGCGGGCAACCGAGUCAUGGGGUUGGUUUCCUCAUUUGUGGCAGCCUACGGUAAUACUUCGACAUCCGUGCCAAUCUAUGUGUGCGCUACGCUCUACAUUCUGAUGGCUAUUGUAGCAGUGCUGUUGCCGUUUGAGCCUUAUGGCAAGCGAGCAAUGUAG